UUGCAGCUGCUGGGGUUACCACUUCAUUUGCUGGAUUUUUGACUUAAAUAGUGGAUUACGUCUGUUCUAGGUUUUGCUCAAAGAGGACGAUCAGAGUCUGAUGGCAGCUCUGUGUGAGAACGUGCUGGCAGUCAACAUGUUACUGAGUGUCUUCUUUCUUCCCAGUGCUUUGGCUGGUUGUCCCAAUCCAGUCCUCUUUGCUGACACACCUGGGCAGAUUGAAGCACUGAGUGGAUCUUGUUUGAAGAUCCCAUGCAGGUUUAAUUCAGCGGAUUCCAGAUAUGACAAGACCAGAAGUAUUUAUGGAGUUUGGUUGAGAGGCACCACAAAUUUUAAUGCCAACCCAAGCCCUGUCAUUUUUAACAGCAGUGGCUCAGUUAACAUCUAUUCACUGAAAAUGAUCGGAAACCUGAAAGAGGAAAACUGCACCACUCUGUUUCCUGAUUUAAGCACAAGUCAUGCAGACAAAUACUUCCUCCGAAUUCAGAACUGGCCAUUUAGGGCAACAGCUACUUGUGAGCCUGUUCAGAUAAAAGUAAGAGAUUCUCCUUGGAGUCCCAGCAUUAACAUCCCUGCUGAUCUGAAGGAGCAUCAGUCUGUCACUAUCAGCUGCUCAGCUUUGACUCCCUGUCCACACUCACCUCCUGAACUCACCUGGAAUCUCCAACAAGACUCUCACAGACAAACAGAGAAAAACACAGAGGGAACCUUUACAACUAAAAUCCAGGAGACCAUCACUCUGUCAGACACACAUGAUGGAUACAACAUCAGCUGUUCUGCCACAUAUCCUGUGAAUGGAGGAAGCAAGACAGCAGAGACAGAAGUGACUCUCAGUGUUUCAUAUGCUCCUAGAAACACCUCAGCAUCCAUCAGUCCAUCAGGUUUGGUGUCAGCAGGUAGCUGGGUGGAGCUGAGCUGCUCCAGCAGAGCCAAGCCUCCUGCCAGCUUCACCUGGUUCAGGAACAGCAAACAUGGAGCCAUUAAUGUAUAUGUGGGGCAGGUUUACAGCUUCAAUGCUACUGAGGGAGGAGAGUAUUACUGUGAGGCUACAAAUGAUCUGGGUGAUGAUGCAUCAUCAACAGUCUGUGCUAGCAUCAAAGAUUCUCCUUGGAGUCCCAGCAUUAACAUCCCUGCUGAUCUGAAGGAGCAUCAGUCUGUCACUAUCAGCUGCUCAGCUUUGACUCCCUGUCCACACUCACCUCCUGAACUCACCUGGAAUCUCCAACAAGACUCUCACAGACAAACAGAGAACAACACAGAGGGAACCUUUACAACUAAAAUCCAGGAGACCAUCACUCUGUCAGACACACAUGAUGGAUACAACAUCAGCUGUUCUGCCACAUAUCCUGUGAAUGGAGGAAACAAGACAGCAGAGACAGAAGUGACUCUCAGUGUUUCAUAUGCUCCUAAAGACACCUCAGCAUCCAUCAGUCUAUCAGGUUUGGUGUCAGCAGGUAGCUGGGUGGAGCUGAGCUGCUCCAGCAGAGCCAAGCCUCCUGCCAGCUUCACCUGGUUUAGGAACAGCAAACAUGGAGCCAUUAAUGUAUCUGUGGGGCAGGUUUACAGCUUC